AGUGUUAGCCAGCUAGCUAGCUUGUUAGCAGGUUUGGAGUGAUAGCGAGUUGACGAUCUCACGAUACUCGUCAGAAAUGCUAUUUCCAAGAAGCUAACUUAACGUUAUUGUAGUCGGUUGUUACAUACAAUUCUACAAAGCAACGCUAACCUAUAUAGUGUUAACUGCAUUAGUUUGGUAGCUAAUUGUUGGCGACCAGCAUCAAAUUAACGACAUCUUAGACCGCCUUGCCUGACUGGCAUGUGUGGGGACGGGUACGGCCGCCGCCAAGGCAAAACUAAUGUUAACUCGCGUGUUAGCCAGUGAGCUAACGUUACCUAGCUCAUCAUGUCAGUGCAGAUUGGGUACCGCGUUAAUACGGGUCGUAAAUAAUAAACUGCUAAUUACAUUAGUUUGUGGGGUAAAUAAGAAGAAAACGCAAGUAAUGCGUAUUUACUUGACAAUUAUCUAGAAUGCUACUGUCCCAUUUCCCCCGUACAUCCACUCAGUGACCCAUGACAUGUGGACAAUCGUCAGCCUACAGUUAACGUUACAUCACAACAGUAGUGAGUUAAAUGAUUGUUACACUUCAUAGAUACAGGGCUGCGAUGCAUUGAUAGAAGAAGGGGUAUUUGAUUCAGACUUGGCUUACAUUAAAAAACGUGCUUUUUAAGUCAUUCAUCGGCACAAGCGGGGGCUGGUGACUCCCUGCCUCAAGCAGCGUGUUGGUUAACAUACACACUGUAGUUUGUUGAGCCCAUUCAGGCACCACCGUGUAUGGGGGAUGGGCAGUGUAUUUCCGCAAGUAGCUUGCCAUGCUAUUUUGCUAAUUUAGCUACCGACAGGUUAACGUGGUGACAUAACUUGCAUUUAUUUAACUAACACGAAAUCAAUCUGACCUGAGGAGGGGCAGCUGAACCAGGCCCAACAGUCACAUAGACGACUUUUCUUCUGAAAUGGCGACAAAACAAUGGGCUGAGAGUUCUUGCUAAGGACAACAGAGCUGUGAUGCGCAUCUGAAGACAUCUUGAUCACAUGGGCUCCUAUCCUGUGCUGACCCAAUGGUUUAAUCACCAGGACUAAAAAUGAGCAUAAGCAGUGAUGAGGUCAAUUUCCUGGUUUACAGAUACCUGCAAGAGUCAGGCUUCUCCCACUCAGCAUUCACCUUUGGCAUAGAGAGCCACAUCAGCCAGUCCAACAUCAAUGGAGCCCUGGUGCCCCCUGCUGCCCUCAUCUCCAUCAUCCAGAAGGGCCUGCAGUAUGUGGAGGCUGAAGUCAGCAUCAAUGAGGAUGGGACCUUAUUUGAUGGGCGGCCCAUCGAGUCGCUGUCUCUGAUCGAUGCUGUGAUGCCAGAUGUAGUCCAGACUAGGCAGCAGGCCUACAGGGACAAGCUGGCCCAGCAGCAGCAGCAGGCGGCGGCGGCGGCAGGCAGUGGCAGUGGCACAGGGCCCCAGGGAAGCACCAAGAAUGGAGAAGGCGCUGCCAACGGGGAGGAAAACGGAUCCCAUGCUUUAGCCAAUCACCACUCAGAGAUGAUGGAGGUGGACAGGGACGUGGAAAUCCCCCAGAGUAAAGCCAUGGUCCUGAGGGGCCAUGAAUCCGAAGUGUUUAUCUGUGCCUGGAACCCAGUGAACGACCUCCUCGCCUCUGGGUCUGGGGACUCAACAGCACGGAUCUGGAACCUGAGUGAGAACAGCACAGGCGGAUCCACCCAGCUGGUUCUGAGGCACUGCAUACGGGAAGGGGGCCAAGACGUACCCAGCAACAAAGACGUCACCUCACUAGACUGGAAUAGUGAGGGAACGUUGCUAGCAACAGGCUCAUAUGAUGGAUUUGCUAGAAUAUGGACAAAAGACGGUAACCUGGCCAGUACUUUGGGUCAGCAUAAAGGUCCUAUAUUUGCACUCAAGUGGAAUAAGAAAGGAAACUUCAUCCUUAGUGCUGGUGUAGAUAAGACCACAAUUAUUUGGGACGCCCACACGGGAGAGGCAAAGCAACAAUUUCCUUUCCACUCGGCACCUGCUCUGGACGUAGACUGGCAGAGCAACAACACGUUUGCCUCCUGCAGCACAGACAUGUGCAUCCAUGUGUGUAAGCUGGGUCAGGACAGACCUGUCAAGACCUUCCAGGGACACACGAAUGAGGUGAAUGCCAUCAAGUGGGAUCCCACUGGCAGCUUGCUGGCCUCGUGCUCAGAUGACAUGACACUGAAGAUCUGGAGUAUGAAGCAGGACUCAUGUGUCCAUGACCUCCAGGCCCACAGUAAAGAAAUCUACACCAUCAAGUGGAGCCCCACAGGCCCUGGGACCAACAACCCUAGCGCCAACCUCAUGCUGGCCAGCGCAUCUUUUGACUCAACGGUGCGUCUGUGGGAUGUGGAGCGCGGGGUGUGUAUCCACACACUGACUCGCCACCAGGAGCCCGUCUACAGCGUGGCCUUCAGCCCUGAUGGCAGGCACCUCGCCAGCGGCUCCUUUGACAAGUGUGUCCACAUCUGGAACACUCAGACGGGUGCUUUAGUUCACAGCUACCGGGGGACAGGAGGGAUCUUCGAGGUGUGCUGGAACGCCACAGGGGACAAAGUAGGAGCCAGCGCAUCAGAUGGAUCGGUUUGUGUAUUAGACCUGAGAAAAUGACACUCGUCUGGGGGAGCCAUGGGCCGACUACGAAUGUGUACAUAGCCAAAACGACUGACUGUCCCUGCCUGUCCGCCACACUGCUGUAGUCCCAUCAGAUGCCAUGGCCCGCCAUUCCAGCCAAAUGGAGCGCUCCUCCCCCUCAUAUGUACACACAAGGACCACACCUUCGCCACAUACAGUUCUUAAGCACAUGCGUCAGACAUACAACAGGUCUGUAUGGACUCUUGUGUUGCUCUCACAGACCUGCAGGAAGAAUUUCUGUUAUCACACAGUACAAACUUGUUGGAUCCAUCACAUGCAAACCAAAACACCAGGAUUCUUCUUGCUUUCCUCUUUUUAUCCUUUGUACCAGAAUUAUAAAGAUUUUUGUUCUCUGUUGGUGUGUGCAUAUUGCAUAUGUCAGCAUUUGGUGUCCUGUGGACAUUGUUGUUUUGAAUUUGGAUUUUACUGAUCUCUGUAGGUUUUAUAUUACAUGUGGGUUGGGAGAGAAGUGGGUGUGGGGCUGUUGAGAGUUGUUUGUCUUUUACAAUGGGUGUGCAAAGCUGCUCAUUGGGAGAUCCAUUCAUCCACUUCUUGGCACUCUUAAAGGUUCAAAAAUGCAGAUGUAUAGCUCAGAAGAUGAAAUGAUUUAUAAUUUUGUCAGCUCUAUUUUUAUCCAAUAGGUUUGUUAAAUUUUUUGCCAUUUUUAAAAAAAGCAUAAAGCAGUUAAUCAAAGGGUGAACUGUCCUUUGUUUUUGCAACUUUUAUCCUCAAAAAUGGUUUUCAGGUGUUCACAAUUCAUCAGGUUAAUAUAGAGCUCUGACGAUUUCAAAACCUCUAGGCUGAAAGAUAAUCUUCGUAGCUGUUAAACACCACGUGGAUCUCAUGUUUUAACAGUGUGCUGGGCAGAAUGACAUUAACGCUGAUGUGCAGUCAGCUUCAGGUGUCAGUCACUGAGCUCGUCCCGAUUCUGUCUCAAGAUUACAAAUAGACGGCUGUGCUUUUGUGUCAGGUAACUUUGGCACAGGAAAUAGCUUGCUUUCUGGCAUCAGUGCAGCUUCUGGGAUCUGUGUGGAAAGAGAGAGAGAGAUGGAAAACAGGCCCAUAACCGCAAUUAAUAGUCAUAUUGUGCUUGUUUCCUCAAUUAAUGGCUUGUUGCUAACCGCUGCUGAAUGAUAAAAAGACUAAACCGUUCUAAUUGUGUCCUGUUUCCCAUGCUUGGUCAUUAAACAUUAGGACGUCACCUGGAGUAUCACUUCCUCUGCAGGCACAGGGUCUUUGAUUGCACCUUUUUAAACAUGGCUCAACAUUCGCAUCACGUCACAACUGAAACAGCUAAUUGACGAUGCUGGAGUUCAUAUCACAGUUUGUCAGAUUGAGUGUCAUUUGCAACGUUCAGUCAGCUUAAAAACGUCCUGACUUUAACUCUGUAACAUGUGCACCUUUCAUGUCCAGUGUUGACCAAGUGCACACUACAGUCCCUGCUUUGGUUUGCUGUUGUGAGGCAGUCAUUGCCCAGCAUUAA